UUUGCAUGCCCCUCUCCCCCAUUUUCUUAGUUCCCUUUCCUUCCAUUUAACUUGUGCUCUUCUUUGUCUUCCCUUUCAUCCUCUUAUUAUCUACCUUGCUCAUCUCUAUUUCUAUCUAUUCUCUCUCCCUCACACACACAAAAACACAACCGAGUCUUCUUUUCUCUCCCUUCUAAUAGCCACUACCGAAGAAACUGCUUAUAACAGCAACCACGCCAAAAACGCACAACUCAAGUUAAAUAUAAAUAAAAGCCCUCCCCACCCAACAAAGUGAAAAGAGAACAACAACACAGAACAGAAGGAAAAGAAAAAAAAGGGUCAUCACCAUUUUAUUGAGUUUUUUUUGAAAAACAUGGCCGUUGAGGCUCGCCAUCUCAAUAUCUUUCCUCCGCAACUCAUAAGUAAUAGGGAAAUGAUGAAUUCCAUCGAGACAAACAUGAAUCUGAAUUUAUACAACGCUCAGCUUGGUUACUCAUCCUUGCUUCCGUUAUCCGGCACAACUACAACCGCUGCUGCCGGCGUCGGAACAGAGGCCAUGCUCCCGCCGGCGAUGUAUAGUUCAAUUGCUGCAGAUUCCCUGCCUCAACAACAAAAGACUCCAAUAAAAUCGGAAAGCACUCUCACCUACAAUAACAUUCCCUUGUUGAGAAAACGAUCAAGAGACACCUCAGGCUCCAUCAACUACACUUUCCCCUCUUCGUACCCCGCCACAGCCUCCACCGUCACAGUUCAACCACAUCACAAAAACUGUGGCUCUUUUACCUUUUUAGGGGAAGACAUUACCCUCCAGAUCCAUCAGCAACAGGUUGACAUCGAUCAACUUGUUGCACAACGCAUGGAGAAAGUGAGGAUGGAGUUAGAAGAGAAGCGCAAGAGACAUGCAAGGAGAAUCAUGGAAGCAAUAGAAGUAAGUGUGAUGAAGAGGCUGAAAGCAAAAGAGGAUGAAAUAGAGAAAAUGGGAAAACUGAAUUGGGCGUUAGAAGAGAAAGUCAAGUCUUUAUGCAUAGAGAAUCAGAUAUGGCGUGAUUUGGCACAAACGAACGAGGCAACAGCAAAUGCUCUCAGAACGAACCUGGAACAAGUCCUCGCCCAACGCGGCUGCGGCGGCGCUGUGGAAGACGAUGGCGCUACCGUGUGCCCAGGCGGAGCAGCGACGGCGGCAGUGAUGGAUGAUGCGGAGUCUUGCUGUGGAAGCACUGAUGAUUGUGGCGAUAAGAAUUUGGAAGAGAAGGUGGUGGAAAGUUGUGGUGGUGGGUGGCGCACGUUAGCGGGGGUUAAUGCGCAGGAUAAGGGAGGGAGGUUGUGUAAGAACUGUGGGAAAGGGGAAUCGUGCGUGCUGAUAUUGCCUUGCAGGCACCUAUGCUUGUGUACCGUUUGUGGGUCUAGUCUUCACACUUGUCCCAUUUGUAAAUCCGUCAAGACUGCUAGCGUCCAUGUUAACAUGUCCUAAAUUUUAAGAUUAGAGACAAAUUUCUCACAUUAUUAUUAUUAUUACUGUUAUUAUUAGGAAUGAAAAAACAAUAGUUUUGCUUCUC